AUGGCAGUUCAGGGUCAGCAUCUCCUUUGCCGGUGUCCAGACCCAAGCGGUCCGGAGCUUUUUGCCCUCUCCCCUCCAAGCACGGCCCGAUCCAAAUCUCUGCCAGGCAGCGAUCAGGCUUUAUUGUUUUGCCCGGUAUUCCAUAGCUACGACGUUGCACUAGGGAAAAAGGUGGGGCCCCGCGUGGUAUCGUGGAGGACCAGUGGAGGCCUAAUGGAAUUCCAGGCUCUAGAAUGGAAUUUUUUGGAAUUACGUGAGGUCACUAGGUUUGGAAAGACUCUUGAGGCUUACGUGGUGGUCAGGGACUCCUUGGCUGAGGAAACCUUAGAAGAAAACACUGAGGUGAACCUGAGCCUCUCUUGUGAAUUCUUCCUUUCAAUGGCUGCAGAACUUCGAGCUUACCUGAAAUCCAAAGGAGCGGAAAUCUCUGAAGAAAAUGCCGAAGGUGGACUUCAUGUGGACUUGGCACAGAUCAUUGAAGUUUGUGAUGUGUGCCUGAAAGAGGAUGACAAAGAUGUUGAGAGCGUAAUGAACAGUGUAGUCUCUUUGCUUCUUAUUCUGGAACCUGACAAACAAGAAGCGCUGAUUGAAAGCCUGUGUGAGAAGUUAGUAAAAUUUCGGGAAGGAGAGCGCCCAUCUCUUAGAUUGCAGCUACUGAGCAAUCUCUUCCAUGGUAUGGAUAAGAACACUCCUGUGAGAUACACAGUGUACUGCAGCCUUCUUAAAGUGGCCUCAUCAUGUGGUGCCAUCCAGUACAUCCCAACUGAACUAGAUCAGGUCCGAAAGUGGAUUUCUGACUGGAAUCUCGGCACAGAGAAAAAGCAUACUCUUCUGAGAUUGCUGUAUGAUGUCCUAGUAGACUGCAAAAAAAGUGACACUGCAGCAAAAGUAAUGGUGGAACUACUGGGAAGUUACACAGAGGACAAUGCUUCCCAGGCUAGAGUCGAUGCUCACAGAUGUAUUGUACGCGCGUUGAAGGAUCCAAAUACCUUUCUCUUUGAUCAUCUUCUUGCCUUAAAACCAGUCAAAUUUUUGGAAGGAGAACUUAUUCAUGAUCUUUUGACAAUUUUUGUAAGUGCUAAACUAGCAUCCUAUGUCAAGUUUUAUCAGAACAACAAAGACUUCAUUGACUCCCUUGGCUUGUUGCACGAACACAAUAUGGCAAAAAUGAGGCUACUUACUUUCAUGGGAAUGGCUGUAGAGAAUAAAGAAAUAUCAUUUGACACAAUGCAACAGGAACUUCAGAUUGGAGCUGAUGAUGUAGAAGCGUUUGUUAUUGACGCUGUAAAGACAAAGAUGGUAUACUGCAAAAUAGAUCAGACACAGAGGAAAGUAGUUGUCAGUCACAGCACACAUCGGACUUUUGGAAAGCAGCAAUGGCAGCAAUUGUAUGACACUCUAAACACCUGGAAACAAAAUUUGAAUCAAGUGAAAAACAGUCUCCUCAGUCUCUCAGACACCUAAACAUUUUUUUUGACCUAGUAAUGUCACUAUAGAUGAAAUUUAUUCAAAACUUUGACAAUUUGUGAAUGUUCCCAAAAUGUAUGCAAUUGGUUAAAAGAAGCUAAAUAUUCUAAAUUGCAACACAAAAAAAGCAAUAAAAUGAACAUGGGAAAAU